GAAAGUACAAGCAAAGGUACUUUAUAUAAAUACUACUGAUUUUCUUGGAAACGGAAAACCUUUUUUAAAAGCAUCACAAACUUUUUACAACUCAAGUCAUGAAAGACAAAGAAAUUUAUAUUCAAUAGAAGAAAAGUGUCAGGCCAUGGAGUUGGCUCGUCGUACUUCAAAUACAUAUGCUGCCAACCAUUAUUCUUUAGAUUUAAUGAUGCUUGGCCAGUGGGUCAAACUAUUUUCACAAGGCACCACUUCCAAAAAAAACUCACGAAGGGUUGGUUCUGGGCGUCACGCAUUUUUUCCUGAAGAAGAAGCUCAACUUUAUGAAUAG